GUGUUGCACAGCGCUGAAACUAGUUGGCGCUUUUAGAAACGACAGCCACAAUUUUCCGGCAUUUUUAACAAACAAUUAUAUUUUUAUAAAAUGAAUUUUGCCCGGAGCAAUUGCUCCCCGUUGAGGAAGAGCCCCGUGGUACAACGUAGCCUUGAUUUUCGUUUGCGGACCGCCCAGGCGAGACACUACCUGAAAUGGUGCUCCAUCAACGUGUUGAUUCUGUCGGUACUGCUGUUUGACUUGUGGCAGGCAUGCCGUUCCGUCUACAAAACCUACUGGUUUCUGUUGGAGUGCACUAUUACCGGCCUGGUCGGACUGAGUGCGGCGGCUUGUUUUAUGAAGUAUUUGUGGUUAUGGUGUUGCGGCGACCAGGUGAUUGGCACAGAUGUGCAAAAGAUUCUGCUAGACGGCAAGGAUGACUCCUUUAAGACUGUGUAUACUCGACCUUCAAAGAAACCUCGCAGCUACCACCCAGAUACCGAUUUCGAGGACGAUGUGCCCUACAUCAAUUGGCAUUCCUCCUUCGAAGACUCUUGCUGGGGCUCCCAGUCUAUGCGCCGUAGUCCCAGUCCGACUAGAACUCCCACACAUCAGCAGAAUCCUCAAAACACAUCCUACAACAACUCAUCCAUGGUGCAUAACAACUCUUUGAACGCCAGCAACCUUAGCAACGAGUCCAACUAUAUGUCGCCCUAUGCGGAUGUUUAUCGCGAUGACUUCCUUACCGAUCCCCGCAGACUCGGCCGUCUCAUGAAAAAAGCCGAGAGAGAACGUUCUUUUGUGGAUAGUUCUGAGGCGCCUAAUAUGCAGAGCGUUGUAUCUGCCAACUCUUUCUGGAACUACUGCAACAAUGCGGCCUACAUGCUAAAGACCACCAUUUACCAAUUGGCUCCAGCUCCACCAGUGUCUACCGAGAAUGCUCCCUCGUCCAUCGAGGAGUUUGCAGGCUUUCAGUUUAAGGACAGCAAUUCAGAAGUUAUCAAACGCAUUUCCACAGAUAAACUGUCGCAAUAUGUGGCCAACUUAAGAUUUUGGAUUUCCACCACCAUACUGCAGCGCUUGGUGAAGGAAAUAAACUUUGUGGAUGAUGUGUUCCGUCAGCGAGGGCUUGCCGAUCUCAAGAUCGGAUCCGUUGGCUUGGAGCGACUACGCAAGACAGCAGAGAACCAGCAGUUUGUGCAGACCUGUGCUCCAAUGCUGCCCAUGCUGUUGCCUUUCCUGGAUACUUUCAGCAACCAGGAGUACCUUGUACAGCGCAUUCGAGAGCUGGCUCAGGGAUCAUGCAUAGCCGAUUAUCGCUGGAACUCGGGCAACGCCCACAAAGGACAGGAGUGGGGCGAGCACCUGCCCACCGAUGCAGCUAUACUUUUCCAUAUAUUUUGUGUCUAUUUGGACAGUCAGUUGAUGCCACUACCGCAGGGCGGCGGACGACCCUUCCAUUCACGUUAUGUGCUCACGCGAGAUGAGAAACGCUCCACCAAGGACAUUGUAAAUGCUGUGCACAACAAGGCCCACUGUGCCAUUUUAAUAACCAGCAACCAGAACAAUCCCAAGUUUAAUUUUAUAAGCGACAAGGAGCUGCACAACUCUGUAUACGAUCGGAACAAUCUGUUCUAUGUGAUCAUCCAGUUCCUCAUCUACAUGCGCCAGCAGCAGGAAUCCGCCCUGGAGGGCGUCAAUCUUGGCAAGAGCGGCAUUAACAUCAUGUGCGUCAUCGAAGACUGAGGUGGCUUCCAGUUGAGAGCCCACCGAAGACACUUGUUAUUCAUAAGCAUCAUUAAUCAUUAUGUGACCCAGCUAUCGAUUGAUGCCUGCCCAUGCGGAGCAUUCCUCUCACUACAUCGUUACUAUUAAAUUAUGCAUUUGUAAUUAUUAA